UCAUAUACUUCCGGUUUUGUGCAGUUGUUGUUUUUAAAAUGGCGCCGUUGGAUUUGGAUAAGUAUGUUGAGAUUGCAAGACAGUGCAAAUAUUUACCAGAAAACGAUCUAAAGAGAUUAUGUGAUUAUGUGUGUGAUUUGCUACUUGAGGAAUCAAAUGUUCAGCCAGUAUCCACUCCAGUCACUGUUUGUGGAGACAUUCAUGGCCAGUUUUAUGACCUAUGUGAACUCUUCAGAACUGGCGGACAAGUUCCAGACACCAACUACAUUUUUAUGGGAGACUUUGUGGACAGGGGAUACUACAGCCUGGAGACAUUUACAUACCUUCUAGCUUUAAAAGCCAAGUGGCCGGACCGCAUCACACUUCUACGGGGAAAUCAUGAAAGCAGGCAGAUCACACAAGUGUAUGGCUUUUACGAUGAGUGCCAAACUAAAUAUGGGAAUGCAAACGCCUGGCGAUACUGCACUAAAGUGUUUGACAUGCUAACAGUAGCUGCUUUGAUAGAUGAGCAGAUCCUUUGUGUACACGGUGGCCUUUCGCCUGACAUAAAGACCCUGGACCAGAUUCGUACCAUUGAGCGCAACCAAGAGAUUCCCCACAAGGGGGCCUUCUGUGACCUGGUGUGGUCAGACCCCGAGGAUGUAGAUACCUGGGCCAUCAGUCCUCGAGGUGCAGGCUGGCUCUUUGGCGCCAAGGUCACUAAUGAGUUUGUUCACAUCAACAACCUGAAGCUGAUUUGCCGUGCACACCAGCUGGUCCAUGAGGGCUACAAGUUCAUGUUUGACGAGAAGCUGGUGACUGUGUGGUCCGCGCCCAACUAUUGCUACCGCUGUGGGAACAUUGCGUCCAUCAUGGUCUUCAAGGACGUGAACACACGGGAGCCCAAGCUGUUUCGCGCCGUGCCUGACUCUGAGCGGGUCAUCCCACCCCGAACCACAACACCUUAUUUCCUCUAAUCACAAGCAUUUUUUUUUGUUCAGUCCCAAAAUAGCCCCUUGCCUCUUUCCCUUACAGUCUUAAUGGAAUGGAUUGGUGUGCCUAAGAAAUAUAACAGCAGGGCUUCACCGUGGUAUGGUCCUGAACUAGCCAUUGGUCUCAUCCCUUUGUGUUUACAGAUCUGAUGGAACAACAUGAGUGGAAGCAAUAUGAUAAAAGCUCCCAUAAGCCUCCCUGAAAAGCUGGCUAGAGCUGUCAUUAUACAUCUGUAUGAGUCUUUCAGAUCUGCAAAAAGCUGUGAUGGAUGCUUCUAGUUUGUAUUGUCUGAUGGUUUAGGGGAAAUGUCUAAAUAUUUCUAAAAUCAUCUGUUUCCUUGUUAUCUGGAAAGGGUAGGGAUUUGUGGUUUUUGGCCUGGGUUAUUGUCCCCACUAUAAACCCCCUGCCCCACAUUCUCAUACACACGCGCACACACACACACACACACACACCUCUUUUAAUUUGUAUUUGAUAUUGCCUAAUGCAUUUUAUUUGCAUUACAUUUUGUAUAGAUAACAUUGCUGCAUUAGAUGAACUGAGUCAAAAGUCCCUUUGGCUCCUCAUUUUAUUUGAAGCCUGUGUCUUUAUACAUUACUUCACACCAAUACAACUACUUCAAUUUCUCCAACCUCAAACUCCAUUUAAUGUGAGUAAACGGAAUUGUAGCCUGCAAUUUAUUCGUAUUAAUACUCAAUGUUUCGCAGCUUCAUAGACAGUCAAUUGUCAUUAAUGUACUCUGCUUCCUUAAAGUUAUAACACGUCAUGAAUUGAAUUCCUUUGAUUGCACUGUGUGCGUCAGAAAAUUCCAUGUUAACUGUUGAAUGGGGUUUUGGGUGGUGUUUGUGUUUUGUGAGUUUGAUUGUUAGAACAGGGUCUAUUGGAAUUACAAUAGCAUAUUAGACCUGAAUACUAUGGAUAUUCUCAGCUGUAAUCUCUUGAUGAAAACAUUUACGUUUUCUCCUAAUGCUGUACUGUCCCCACAUAAUAUUCAAAGAAAACAGCAACUUAAGUAUAUACUGUGGUUUUAAACCAGAUCAGGGCUGAGAGGGGCUUGGGGUAAGUCUUGGGGACUGAGUGGGCUAUGAUGGUUUUGUACAUUCAAAUAAUUGAAUUGAUUCUCUUAUUUUUCUUCUGAUUUGUUUUAUUUUAUUAUUGUACACUGCAACCCACUCGCCAAUUGAAAAUAAAACCUUUAACUUAA